CCAGGUUUUUCUCCCAAGACUUCUUCAGGGACUCUUUACAGCACUAUGUGACCUUCACUUGUACAAGGUCACCAGGAAGUUACAUGGUAAAGAAGUAGCACAAUGGACUCUAUUAUGCCAGCUUCUGUCCUGGUUCAUGUUCUACUGUGGACCCAGAACUCUGACCAACUCCAUGGAAACAGUCCUCACCACAGCUGCUUUGUACUACUACCCCUGGCCACAGGAAGCUUCAACUAGAGUGUCAAGUAAACAGGUGGUGAUCUACCUGAGUUUAGCUGCUCUGUCCUGCCUGGUCAGGCCCACAGCAGCCAUCAUGUGGCUCCCACUGUGUGGUCUACACCUGGUGAGCUGUAGGAACAAGCUUCAUACAUUCACUCUACACUUUAUACCUGUCGGUGUAGGGGCCUUGGCAUGGUCUGCUGUGGUUGAUAGGAUAUUCUAUGGGAAGUGGGUGCUGGUUCAGUAUAACUUCCUGGAGUUCAACGUGCUGAGUGACCAGGGCUCGUUCUACGGCAGCCACCCCUGGCACUGGUACCUCACCCAGGGCUUUCCUGUCGUCAUGGCAACACAACUUUUCCCCUUCGUCUUUGGUGCUGUGAAGUUCUGGAGGAAGCAAAAGCUGGUUUUGCUCAUAGUUCUUUGGACAGUGAUGGUUUACAGCUGUCUUGGCCACAAGGAGUUUCGUUUCAUCAUGCCUGUUCUGCCUUUAGCCAUGAUUUCUUGUG